GUCAUUCACUCGCAACUCGCACUGAGUUGACAGAUGGUCGAUAUGUUCAUGGUGAAAGAUAAUUAAUUGUUGCAAGUACUUGUUCUUAUUGAGGUGAAAGAGAAAGCUUUCUCCCUUGCAAAACCGGUUCUGCGAGUACCGAAUUUAUCAUGUCUGAGCCGCGGAAGAAUCAUCUCACCAUAGAUGGGGGGCAGCCGAAGGACGACGAGCACGUCGCCACUUAUAAGCCUAUUCCAGAGGCUGAUACAGAGUUCCGCUCGUCAAAGUCCAGCCUCCACAAGUCCAAGGAAAAAGUCGACGAGGCCGAGGAGAAACUUCUAGAGAAAGAAGACGAGGCCAAGAUCGUCACGCGCGUCGACAUGGCCGACGCCAAGUACGUCGUGGGCGACCACCGCAACGGCGACGCCAAGAUCGAGCUCGACGCCAACAAGAGGCAAUUCUCCGGCCUAACCAAAGAGGAGCUGAUGAAGUACGCGGACGACCCGUUCUGGAUCCGCCUGCGCUGGGCCAUGUUCAUCUUGUUCUGGGCGCUCUGGCUGUGCAUGUUGGCCGGCGCCAUCGUCAUCAUCGUCCGGACGCCCAAGUGUGCCCCGCCGCCGCCAAGGGAGUGGUUCGAAAAAUACGCCCUCAUAGAAUCGGACGGCGUCCUACCGACCGACAGCGAUUUGGACCUGCUCCAUGACUCUGAGGUCGGCGGCGUGUUCGCGCAGUUCAACUGCGGGGCCGACGCCUAUGAGCUGCUGAAAACCAACACCUGUCUCGACCAGUUCAAGGACUUCGUCGCUAAAGCCAAGAGUCGCAGUGUCAAGGUGAUCGUGGACCUGAUCGCUAACUACGUGCCCACCACGCACGAGUGGUUCGUCAAGAGCCAGGCGCGCGAGCCGGCCUACGACAGCUAUUUCAUCUGGCACGAGCCCAAGGGGUACAAUGGAACACAUCCCAACCCGCCUAAUAACUGGCGAGCGGUGACGAAUGAAGGUGCUUGGGCGUACAGCGAGGCUCGUAAAGAGCUGUACCUCAGCCAGUACGGCGCCGGCAAAGCGGACCUCAACUUCCGCAACCCUGACGUCGUGAAACAGUUCGACGACGUCCUGAAGGCGUACAUGAAAGAGGGCGCUGCUGGUGUCAGACUGUCCCACGCUCGUCUCCUGCUCGUGUCCGCGUCGUUCCAAGACGACCAGCUGCUCGCCAACACCGACAAGACGCCGACCGGACCCACGCCGACCUACGGCGACUACAACUUCUUACGUCACACUCACACCGCUGACCAGCCCGAGCUAGACGCACUACUCGCGCACUUCUCGCAGGUCGUAGAUGAUAAUGCAGCGGAACCUGGAGCCAUGAGUAUUGUUGGACCUAGAAUGCUCCCUUGUGGCACUCACGACCAGCUGCUCGCCAACACCGACAAGACGCCGACCGGACCCACGCCGACCUACGGCGACUACAACUUCUUACGUCACACUCACACCGCCGACCAGCCUGAGCUAGACGCACUACUGGCUCACUUCUCGCAGAUCGUAGAUGAUAAUGCAGCGGAACCUGGAGCCAAAAAAUCCGUGUUCACGAUAAAGGAGACAAAUGAGAACCACUUCCAAGAGCUGUACCUGUUGGCUCACAACGUGUCGUUUCUCCGACCGCCAAGUGCCGCGGCCAUCAGCGUCGACGUCGACCCCGCCGUGCUGGUCAACAAGACCAGCGUGUCCACAGACAAGUUCCGCAAGUGGCCUGCGUUACAGGGGACAAAUGGGAACCACUUCCAAGAGCUGUACCUGUUGGCUCACAACGUGUCGUCUCUCCGACCGCCAAGUGCCGCGGCCAUCAGCGUCGACGUCGACCCCGCCGUGCUGGUCAACAAGACCAGCGUGUCCACAGACAAGUUCCGCAAGUGGCCUGCGUUACAGGGGACAAAUGGGAACCACUUCCAAGAGCUGUACCUGUUGGCUCACAACGUGUCGUCUCUCCGACCGCCAAGUGCCGCGGCCAUCAGCGUCGACGUCGACCCCGCCGUGCUGGUCAACAAGACCAGCGUGUCCACAGACAAGUUCCGCAAGUGGCCUGCGUUACAGUUAACAACAGCGGAGACUACAGCCGGCGCCGAGGUGGCGGCGUUCGCGCACCUGCUGCCCGCCGCGCCGGCGCUCACCGUGCCGCAGCUCGCGCUGUUUAACUCCGGGGACGCCAAGAGCGAGCUGGGGCGGCUGACGGCGCUGCGCUCGGAGGCCAGCAUCCAGCACGGCGACACCAAGAUGGCGGCCGUGCCCGCGCGCAACUCCACGCUGCAGCUCGUCGCCAUCGCCAGAUGGAAGCUCGGUCACACGGGCUACAUAGCGGUCCUCAACACUCAGCCGGAGAUGCUGAGCGCCAACCUCACCGCCAUCGGCAUGUCCGAGCUGCCCGCGCAGCUCAACGUCCACUACGUGUCGCACCAGGUGGCCAACCUAACUGGUUACGCGACCAAGAAGCCAGUGGACUGCGACAACGUAGUCGUGCCCGCCAUGUCGUCGGUUGUGCUCGAAUUCGUGCCCAAGAUCCCCGAGUAACUUCAACUCGAGAGUUAAACCGCUGGCCGCAGUGUACGCGCGGCGUUUUGGUUGCAUUUCAUUUUUGUACCAUUUCAAAAUAUAGUAUGAGCAUUA